CGCCGAGAUCAACUACGUCAUCAAAUCGCGCGAAAACAAAUUAACAACACGGAGUGAAACGAGGAGAAUCAGCGUGUUUCUGAGCGACUGUGCUGUGAGUGGUUAUGAGCAGUCCCAUGGCUGGCUCCACCGCCUCCAGCUCCAAAGACCGUCCGGUCUCCAGGACCAGCUUCAUCCCAGAGCUGCAGAGCAUGAUGUUCGCUCUGGGAGACGCACGCAGGCCUCCGCACGAGACGGCAGCUCUGGUGGAGGACAUCGUACACACACAGCUCAUCACUAUGCUGCAUCAGGCCGGCGAGGGGGCGGCUCUCCGCGGGUCGAGGGUCAUUUCUGCCGAGGACAUCCUGUUCCUGAUGAGGAGAGACAAGAGGAAGGUGGCAAGAUUAUUAAAAUAUCUCCAGUUUAGAGAUUAUAAAUCCAAACUACUCAAAGCUGUAGAAGAGGAGGAGACGCAGCAAGACACAGAGAAGUGGGGCGCUGCAGGUGCUGCAGGUGCUGCUGGUGGCGUUGCUGCUGGUGGCGUUGCCGGCGGCAACCAGCGGAGGCAGCGAUUGGCCCAGGAUUUCCUGGUAUGGAUGGAUCAGACUGGUGAACUCCUGUCGUUAGCCGACAGACAAGAGGUCGACCCCGUCAAGCAGGAGAGGAUGGAGCGCUUGGAACGUCAGACCCGGUCGAUGGACCAGACUCAGUACUCGGAGUUCUGUGAGAGUCGACAGCUCAGCUUCGCUAAGAAAGCGUCAAAAUUCCGUGACUGGCUGGACUGCAGCAGUCUGGAGCUGAAACCCAACAACAUCGCCAUGGAGAUCCUGUCAUACCUGGCCUAUGAGACGGUUGCCCAGAUCGUCGACUUGUCUCUGUUGGUGAAGCAGGAAAUGACGGCCAAGACCAAUCCCAUCAGUCAUGUGAUCUCUGCCAAUUACAUCCACUACAACACACACACUGAGGUAAAGAAGGAUCCAGACUCACCUGAGGCCACUCCCCCCUCCACCCCGGGCUCCUCCCACUCAGCAAAACCUGUCCCGCAGGGCAACGGCAGCCUGGACGGCCGAGCACGACAGAGGAAACGCAAAAAGAGUUGUCCGGCUACAGUGGAACCUCCCAGUGGAGCCAUCCAGCUCUGUCACAUCAGAGAGGCCCUCAGGAGAUACAACUACAGACACACAAACGCUUAUCGAAGGAGUGGGAUGUCUUUCCUCACCUGCUGAUUAUCAUAAGACACAUUCUUUCAUGUUCCUGUAUACAUAUAUAUUUUUUUGUUUAAUUCCUGUAAUAAAAAGAGUUUUCUGUUAACCUGUU